GCACUCUGCUCUGACACUCUACGCAUGCAUGCGAGGGAGCUGUCCACAAACUUUGAUAUAUAAAUAUAGAAAGGGACCAUGGAGGAGACUAGAGAUGGAGGCAUUGCUGAUGGGGAAGCUAUGGAGCCAGAAGGCCAGAAAGGAAGCGUGGAAAAGAGACCCGAGGCCAGAGAAAAAUGGGCCAACAAGACUGAGUUCCUGCUGUCCAUGGCUGGAGAGAUUAUCGGCCUGGGGAACGUGUGGCGCUUCCCUUACCUCUGCUACAAAAAUGGAGGCGGUGUUUUCUUCAUCCCUUAUUUCAUCUUCCUUUUCUUUUGUGGAAUCCCAAUAUUCUUCCUUGAGACGGCGUUAGGUCAAUACACUAGUGAAGGGGGCAUCACUGCUUGGAGAAAAAUCUGCCCCAUGUUUGAAGGUGUAGGUGUUGCCUCCCAAGUUAUAGUGAUUUAUCUGAAUAUAUAUUACAUAGUGGUCCUGGCCUGGGCUCUGUUUUAUCUAUUCAACUCUUUCUGGAGUACUCUGCCUUGGACUUCCUGUGACAAUUAUUGGAACACAGUUAACUGCCACAAUAUAAGUGUUACCUACACAGGUUUACACAGACCUGACACUGACUGGUCUUUCCUCUACAAUGAAACGGAUAAACAUGACAACUACAGCAUGAGUUUUCAAAACGAAUCCGAAUGGCCGCCUUUUAAAGUGAUCUCCCCAGAACAAGACUACUGGUUCCAUCGUAUGUUGCGGGUAGCAAACAGUGGUGGUCUGGGGACUGUAAAUGCUGAUCUUGCCAUGUGUCUUCUUUUGGCUUGGGUUAUCUGUUAUUUCUGCAUUUUUAAAGGAGUCAAGACCACAGGCAAGGUUGUGUACUUCACUGCUACGUUCCCCUACUUAAUGCUGUUCAUCCUUUUCAUCAGAGGAGUGACACUGCCAGGAGCUGCAACUGGAAUUACUUAUUAUCUGUAUCCUGAUAUCAGUAAACUCUCUAAUCCUGAUGUGUGGCGUGAUGCAGGCACUCAGGUGUUUUUUUCUUACGCAGUGUGUCAAGGAGUCCUAACAGCACUGAGCAGUUAUAACAAAUACAACAAUGAUUGCUACAAGGACUGUAUAGCACUCUGUAUUCUGAACAGCUCCACCAGCAUCUUUGCUGGAUUUGUGGUCUUUUCUAUUCUGGGAUUCAUGGCCCAUCAGUUAGGUUUACCCAUGGAAGACUUAGCAUCAUCAGGUCCUGGAUUAGCUUUCAUAGCAUACCCUAGAGCCCUCUCUCUGUUACCUGGACCCCAGUUCUGGUCUGUUCUUUUCUUUUUUAUGGUACUCCUUCUGGGCCUUGACAGCCAGUUUGUGUGUGUGGAGAGUUUAGCCACAGCUCUCACUGACCUAUUUCCUGGAGUUCUAAGGAAGCGGCGAGAGCUGUUGGUGUUGCUAAUCGCCGUCAUCUGCUUCUUACUGGGUCUGCCAUUCAUCACAAAGGGAGGAUUCCAUCUGUUUACUGUGAUGGACACCUACGGCCCAAGUGGAACUAACUUGCUCUUUAUCGCCUGCUUUGAGACAAUUGUUGUCGCAUGGGUGUAUGGUGCAAACCGUUUCUAUGACAACAUUGAGGAUAUGAUAGGAUACGCACCAUUCCCUGUGCUGAAGUACUGCUGGCUCUUCAUUACCCCUCUCAUCUGUGCAGCUACUCUGCUCUAUAACCUGCUGGGUAGUAAAUCAGUAUCUUCAGCUGAUGAAUUUGUGCCGGACUGGAGUUACAAUUUGGCACCUCUGCUCACAGUAAUUCCUAUGGUCUGCAUCCCAAUCUUCUUAUUCAUCUCUCUAGGAAGGGGUCGUGACAUCAUCACCCCUUCUAGUGACCUGAAGCAGCUCCGACCAAACAGUCCACGCCUCACACUGUUUAAUCGCGUAAUCAUUAAACCACAGAGAUCUCGACACAUUCAGGAAGAUGGAGAAGAGAAAGCAAACAAAGAACACACCAGUGGAGUUUGAGAAGGCAAAAUUAUUAUUUUACUUUAGGUUAUUAUAUAUAGGACCUUAUAUUAAAUAAUAUCUUUGACUUG